AUGCCUCAAUUAGUCUGGCUAGUAACCGCAACAACCUCCGGCUUAGGCGCCGCUCUCGUCCAGCAUCUCGCAUCAAGGGGCGAAAGGGUCAUCGCAACGGGCCGCAAGGCAGAGGAUCGCCUUACUCACCUAAGAUCGGAGAGUGUGGCCGUGUUAGACCUUGAUGUUACGGCACCUCGAGCUCAAAUCGACGCUCAAAUUGCCAGAGCUUGGCAAGUUUGGGGGAGAAUCGACGUUCUCUAUAACAAUGCUGGGGUCUCAGCUCCUAAGAGUAUCGAAGAGGCAAGCGACGACUGGGUGCGAAGCAUCUUCGAUGUGAACCUCUUCGGUGCAUUGCAUGUUACCCAGGCUAUCUUGCCAUACUUUCGGGAGCGGCAGAGUGGAACUGUCGCUUUUACCGGUGCAGGAGUUGGCUGGGGACCGCUUCCCUUCCUCACACACUACUCUGCGACAAAAGCAGCCUUGGGUAUAUUCGUUGAAGGUUUGGCAAAGGAAGUCGGGCAGUUCGGUAUCAACUGCAUGAUUAUCGAACCCGGUGGGUUUCCAUCCCAGCUUGGCGCAUCACGCGAAGGGUCGCUGGAGGGUUUCGGCACGUAUCAGCCUUCGAUCGAGGCAUACAAUCCUCUCUUUGCGGAGACCAUGGGAGUCUUCGCAUCUGAUAUAAUGCCGAAUAUCCCGGGCGAUGUUAACAAAUUGGUGGAACGCAUUGUCGAUAUUGUCAAGUCGGAAGGAAUCUGCGCGGGCAGGUCACGACCAUGCCGGGCCAUUAUUGGUAGCGAUGCACUCAGACUGAUACAGCAAAAGUGCAAAGAACAGUUGGAGCUUUCGGAGUCGUGGGAAGAUGUGAGCCUGAGCACUGAUCGUGAUGGCCAUGAUCAUGUGGCGAGUGGAGGAAUGCUUCGCCUUGCGUCGAUUUUGCCGAAGGAGACAUAG